CAAGACAAAACUUUUUAGGCGGGUGUCCUAACAUAAGUUGUUUAAUUAAAAUUAUUGACUUUACAGUAAAAAAAUCUAUUAAAACAGGACAAAGUCUUGUUUUCGCAAUCAAACCAGAAAGUUGUUAUAAACAUAAAAGAGGUGAAAGCUUGUCUAAUUCCCAUAAGGUUCCAAACAGUGUUUCCUAGAUUUAGUGACCAAAACAAACCCGAUAUGAAUGCCCAAUGUCGACUGUGUGGUUUGUAUUUCUGCCACCCGAGCCCCAAGAUUUUAUUCGAAAGCGGAAUUCUCCUCCAGAUCAAAGUACUCACUGGAUUGUCGCAAUUUACAGUUAUAUGAGAUGGAGGACCUACCCCGUCACAUUUGUCCGUCUUGUCUAAAAGACUUGAAUAUAUCGUUCAAACUAAGGAAGCAAAUCAUUUGGACCCAUGAGAUAUUGAUGCUAAGAAACAAAAUGGAAAAAAAUCAAGAAUGGGAAACACAAUUCUCAAAUUCGGAUUCUAAAGAGACUUGCGAUCUACUCAGGCCGCAAGUCUCAGUGAAAACAGAAAACUUUUAUCAGAAGUCUGAAAAUGAAGAAUCAGAAAAUAAUCUUAACUAUUCAGAAUCUUCAAGUCCUGACUUUCUAUCCUACUUAAAAUGUACAAAUGAGUAUGGUCACGAGUCCGAAGAAUCUGAUACUUAUCCAAAAUGUUAUAACAUUACCAUAGAAAGGGAUCCACUUAACAUAGAUGCAACUGAUUUCGAUCAUUUGAAGGCAAAUGAAAGUAAUCAAGAAUCAAAUGACUCCGAAGAGCUUCUUAACUUCAAUAUAACUGAGUCUCCAGAUCUUUUUAAAUUAAAUGAUCAAAAUUUUGACCUAAGCAGUGUAGAUCUGGCGAAUUAUAGUGAUCAAGAAUUAGAAACCUCUGACAACUUUGAUCUGUCCAGUUCGGAUAAACUAGAUCCUUUAUAUAAAGACCAGGAAGAUCAUAUAACAUUUUCUGAUGGGGAUACGGAGAUAUCAAAUUCUCAACCCAAUUUUGAUUAUAAAAGUAUAUUCCAAGAAAACGACAAUGAAAUACUUUCAUUAUCGAAAUAUCAGAAGGGCUUUGAAAAACGAGAUCAAUUAAGUUCAGCCCCUUUGAGUGUACCAGUUUCCGCAAGAUUUCAUAAAAAGGGUAAAAAACCUCUAUCUGAAACUUUUUCGGUAGCAGCAGAAAAUGUAAUUACCAACAAUGAAUUUAUUGAACCCAAAGCGAAGAUCAUUGAAAUUGGAACUCAGUUGUCCCUACAUAAAGUGGAGUUAACCAUAAAAAAGGUAACCCCUCCUCCAAAAUCUGUGUCAGCUGAGAAUAUUCCGCCGGCCAAAAGAAGGCGAAACCGAAAAGUUACAUCUUUGGAGUGCACUGAGUGCGGCAAGUGCCUUAAGUCAACCGAAAACCUAAAGAUGCAUAUUUUGCGCCAUAAGGGACAAAAGGAUUUUUCCUGCUCAUACUGUGACAGACAGUUCGUCUCAAAGCACCUUUUAAAUUUGCACAACCGCGUUCGCCACCUUGGUGAGCAGCCUUUUAAGUGCACAUUUUGCCCGUCAACGUUUUUUACUAGCAGUUCCAAAAGCCGACACGAACAAGUAAAACACAUCAGGAGCCGGAACUUCAAGUGCGAUGAGUGUAGCAGUGAAUUUAAAACGAAGAGCUGCUUAAACAAGCACAAGAUCAUACACACUGGCAAGAAACCUUAUUUGUGUGACUUAUGCAACAAAAAGUUUUCCCGAAGGGAAAAAUUAACGAGUCACUUUAAGUCACAGACGCACCAGAAAAGGGCAACAUCCCUUCAGAACAUCGAAUAUUGCCCACACCUCGAUGAAAUUCAAAACACAGUUGACGUAAUCCUUACUGAUGUUUCAGAAACUUCCAUUUAAAAUUGUCAUUUUGAAAAUAUUUUUGACUUGACAUUAUUGAAAUAAUUCUUUUUUGUGUUUUUUCUCUUGGCACUGGACUGCCCAUCGUUAUCUUUUAUUUAAUUAUGUUAUACAUUAAGCCUUAAAUGGACAUUCAAACAAAUAAUAAUCUUAAUUCUUAAAAUGUGUAUUCUACCUUAAAGUAAAUUAAUAAUAAGAAUAACAAAACUAUGUAAAACUACACAA